CGCCCGCUGAACUCCGCCGGCAGCGCCUCGGAGCAGCAGCAGCAGCAGGAGGCCCCGGUCCCGGUCCCGAUCCCCGCCCGGCUGCCGGGGCGGCGAUGGCCGCGGGCCAGGCCCCGGUGACCUUUGAGGACGUGGCCAUCUAUUUUUCCUCGGAGGAGUGGGCGCUGCUGACAGAAGGGCAGCGGGAGCUCUAUCAGGAUGUCAUGAAGGAGAACUUUGAGCUGGUGGCGUCGCUGGGGCCCAUGCCUCCCAAGCCGGAGCGGAUCUGCAAGGUGGAGCAAGGGGAAGCGCCGUGCGCCGUGGAUCCCGGGGAGAAAGAUGCCGAAGGGGGGAGCCACAGUUCCGCUGGCGAAAGCGUGCAGGAGCAGAAGAUCAAGGAGGAGGCCGGGUGCUGGAGUUCGGCCGCGUCCCCCACCGGCAGCGCCUCCGGACAACGCUUCCGUUACCUUGAAAUGUGCCCCAGCUGGUGUGAGGUGAAGCUGACGGACGUGAGGAGCCUCUCGUGGGGUCUGUCCGGGGGCGACCACGGGGACCGCUGCCCUGAGGGGCUGCUGAUCUGUGCGGAGUGUGGGAGGAGCUUUGCGGACAGGGAGUCCUUCAGUGACCACCAGACGCUGCACAAGGAGGAAAAAGGGCCCUUUGCGUGCACGUCUUGUGGGAAAACGUUCCAGUACCGCUUCAACCUCCUGACACACAAGAAGCAUCGCGGGAAGAGGCGGCACACCUGCGCCCAGUGCGGCGCCCUCUUCUGCCUCAAGGGAGACCUGCUGCGCCACCGGGCGGCCCACGCGGCCGAGGGGCUGCACCCGUGCGGCACGUGCGGCCUGGUCUUCCAGCUCAAGGGGCAGCUGCUGGCCCACAAGGCGGAGCACGCGGGCGAGGAGCCCCACCGAUGCUCCGAGUGCGGGGAGGCCUUCGGCAGCCAGGCGGAGCUCCUGGGGCACCGGGCCCUUCACGAGGGGGACAGGCCCUUCGUCUGCCCCCAGUGCGGGGAGAGCUUCAGCUGGAAGGAGAGCCUCCAGAUCCACCGAAGCACCCACACCCAGGCCGGGGGCCACUCCUGCCCCAUCUGCGGGAAGACCUUCAGCCGCAAGGGGAACCUCCUCACGCACCAGCGGCUGCACACGGGCGAACUGCCCUUCGCCUGCCCCGAGUGCGAGCGCCACUUCCCCAGCAAGGCCAGCCUCAUGGUGCACUGCCGGCGGCAGCGCCACUGCAAGCCCUUCGCCUGCUCCCAGCGCGGCUGCGGCCUGUGCUCCGGGGGGAAGCUUCUCCAGCACCAGGCCUCCCACGGCAGCGCGGAGGAGGGGCAGGACAAGGGGGGCGCGGAGCCAUAUCUGGUCGGAGCCCUUUGGCCCAGCUCCGCUUUGGACGCGCGUCGGCCAGGCGCGCCGCAGGGCCACGCAGCGCACCGGGGCGAGGCUCCGGCCCGGAGGAGCCGCGGGAGCCGCCUCCAAAACGGCCCGCAGCGCUUGAACGAAGGAGGGCCGGAGCGCAGCCGCCCAGCCCGGCUCCUCGGCGCGUUUGGGGAAGCCGAGCGCCCCGCACGGCGAGCAAGAGGGCGAGGGCGAGCUCUCCCCGAGGAGUCCUGCGCCGCCGCCGCCGCCGCCGCCGCCACCGGCAGGAGCAGCCGGGCCCGGGUGCGGCGCUGCUCCGGCUCCGCGGCUCGGGCGGCGGCCGCCUCCGCCAUCUGCCUGGCCAGGGCCGGGACGCGCCUCGACCGCCGGGACGCGCGCCUGCCUGCCUGGAGAGCCCCCGCGCCCCCCCGCCCAGGCUGCCCGCGCGCCCUCGGCCUGCCCGCCUCCGCGCCUCCGGCCCCCAGCGCAGCCCGGCUCGGCUCGGGGCUCGCGCCUUGGUGGAGGCGGGCGGCGGGGGGGGGGGGGCGUCAGUCCGCCGGAGCCAGCGGAGCUCCCCGCACCGCUCCGCGCUCUGCAGGUCGCCUCGACGUGACGCUCCGGCCCUUCGUCCGAGAGGAGCCUGACGGGGCGGCUUCCCCAGGCUGGGCUGUUCCGGGACCAGGGGUCGUGGUGAAAGUGGAGCCGGAGGAAGAGCUGCGCAUCGAAUGCCCGGAAGACCCGGCGGAGGCAGAGAGGGAGGUGGCCCCUGAGCCCCCGGCAGGCAUCAAGCCGGGGAUAGUGAUCAAGGCGGAGCCGGAGGACGACUCGUACGACGAAGGUCCCUGGGACUACAGCGACGGCGAGUCCAGCGAUGGCACGGACUCCUCUGAUGCCAAACCUGACGUCAUUGUGAAGAUGGAGCCGGAAGAUGAGGAGGAGGAGCAGGACCUCGGGAGCCCCCCGGGCUGGACAGGGGCAGGAACUCUGGACGCGCUUCCCACGGGUGGCCUCAUCCAGCCGAGUCGUUGCCCCUUGGGAGCUGCUGAGGGCCCGAAGCCCUUCCAGAAGACGGCGGAAUCGGCCCCCUCCCCGGGCCCCCUCAGGAGCAGGAGCAGCAGAAGCCAGGGAGCGCAGGGGAGCAGCCCCGGCCCCCGGAAAGCCCCGACGUUGAUGCCGGAGAGGAGGCCGGCUGCUCCCGGAGGGUCCGGUGGCUCUGGAGAGAAGCCGCCCCCGGCCUCCGGCCCCCCCGAGGUGAGCAAGCGCCCCAAGGGCCACGCCGCUGCGGAGCGCCCCUUUGCCUGCAGCGUGUGCGGCAAGCGCUUCCAGCACCGGGGCAACCUGAUCACCCACCUGCGCGUGCACACGGGGGAGAAGCCCUUCCCCUGCGCGGAGUGCGGCAAGAGCUUCAGCCAGAAGGGGGACCUGAUGCGCCACCUGCGCAUCCACACGGGCGAGAAGCCCUUCGAGUGCACGGUGUGCGGCAAGAGCUUCUGCUCCAAGCAGACCUUUGUGCUGCACCAGCGCAUCCACACGGGCGAGAAGCCCUACUCCUGCGCCGAGUGCGGCAAGGCCUUCAACCGCAAGGCCAACUUCGUCACCCACCAGAAGAUCCACCGCGGCGAGCGGCCCUUCGUCUGCGGUGAGUGCGGCAAGGGCUUCUGCGCCAAGAAGACCUUCAUCCUGCACCAGAAGAUCCACGUGGGCGACCGGCCCUUCGGCUGCUCGGAGUGCGGCAAGAGCUUCAGCCGCAACGGGGACCUCACCCGGCACCAGCGCAUCCACACCGGGGAGCGGCCCUUCGCCUGCGCCGACUGCGGCAAGUGCUUCAGCCACAACGGGGAGCUGAUCAAGCACCAGCGCAUCCACACGGGCGAGAAGCCCUUCGCCUGCCCGGAGUGCGGCAAGGCCUUCAACCGCAAGGGCACGCUCAUCACCCACCAGCGCAUCCACACCGGCGAGCGGCCCUUCGUCUGCGGCGAGUGCGGCAAGACCUUCAACCUCAAGACCACCCUGAUGAAGCACCGGCGCAUCCACACCGGCGAGCGCCCCUUCGCCUGCUUGGAGUGCGGCAAGAGCUUCAAGUACAAGGGCAACCUGCGGACCCACCACCUGACCCACACGGUGGAGCGGGUGUACCCCUGCACCGAGUGCGGGGCCAUCUUCAGCCAGCGCAAGGAGCUGAAGGCGCACCAGGCGGCGCAUGCCGAGGACCGCAUGCUGCCCUGCCUCGGGGACGACGGGGAGACCAUGAACCCCUUCCUCCAGAUGCACCCCCUGCUGCUCUCCUGCACCCCGCUGCAGGGGCCCCUGGGGCCCUUCAAGCAGGAGGCUGGCUACAAAGACCUCGAACUCGGCCAGGCGGAUCCUUAGCGGGGCUCGGUGGUGGUUGUGGGCGGGGGCGGGGAGGUCUGUUUCCAUCAACCGCCGGGCAGCAGGCCUUUGAGCUCUGCGGGGCUGAUGGCUCGUGUGCGAAGGCCUCACGCUUAGCGGCCACCCACACGUGUCGGCGCGCCAGAAAGCAGCCUGUCCCGUGGGAUGUCAGGGCUGCCCCUCCCUGCUGGCUCAAAGGCAGCCUCUCCUGUCGAACCUCUGGAUUGUGGCCCUGCCUUCCGGAGGCCCCCGUGGAACUGCGGCUCUCUUGGGGGUUUUAUUACUUGGCAAGCAGAGGCAGUUGCAGCGGCCUGCUGGGCGGUUCCUGGACGUUGGGAGAGUUGAGCAGGCAUUGCGCUUUCCCAGUGGGGCCUGGGGUGUGGUGUCAUUGCUAAGGCCAGUGGUUUUAGUGGGGGCGGGGGGCAGGGAGCCUGGGAGGAUGAAAUGAGAAACAGAUUAGAUUUUAAUAAAUGUGAACACCAGUGGGGCAGUGUGGUUACGCUUAGCGAUGUGUGUUUUUUAUAACUUCAAAUGAAAUGUUAUGAAUUAUAGACUCAAAGGGUAAGUGUAGAUCUUGAGACACGUAAAAGAAAUGUAAAAUUGCGGACGCUGCAGAGACCUAAAAUGAUGGUUACAGAAGUAGUAUCGCAGAAAAACUAGCCUGGAAAUCCCCCACCCCCCGUACAAUAUUUAAGCUAGUUGGAAGCAAAUAAACCUAUACUGAUU